UGGGCGGGGAGCUACUCAUGAGCCUAGUAAGUCCGAACAGGGAGCAGGAGCCUUGCAUUCUACCAUUUUCUACCACUGGAGACCCUGGGAGAACAAAGAAUAGCAGCUUUCAAGACCCACAAAGAGUUCCUUCUGUAUGAGCAGCUGAUGGUAACAAUCAGAGGAAAACAUCUACACAAGAGGAAAUAAAGAGGAGAGUAUUCAGCAAUUCCAGAUUCUCUUCAUCAGCUCAGCGUCCGACUACAUCUCCCAUCAUGCCUGUCGUCCUCCACUCCAGCCCUCUCCUAUGGACACGGUUGGCGGCUCUGGUCUUCUCCUGCGUGGCCUUCUCUGUGGCCGUGCAUGGUGGCAGGCUCUACCAGGGCACCGGCGACUGGUGCAUCUUCUGCUGGGCCUUCAGCUUCGCCGGCACUCUGCUCGUCCUCCUGGUGGAGCUGUUCGGCCUCCAGGCCCGAGCCCCCGUCUCCUGGAAGAACUUCCCCAUCACCUUCGCCUGCUACGCCGCCCUCCUUUGCCUGUCCGCCUCCAUCAUCUUCCCCCUCUACUUCCUCAAGGGCUCAAUGAGCCACAACGAGGUCCAUGAUUACCGCGUUGUGUCCACCGUCUUCUCCUGCCUGGCCACCAUCGCCUACAUCAGCGAGGUGAGCAUCAGCAAGGCUCGUCCCGGUGAGGUGGCCGGCUACAUGGCCACGGCCCCCGGCUUGCUGAAGGUCUGUGAGACCUUCCUGGCCUGCAUCAUCUUCGUCUUCAUCAGCGACCCCGUAGUCUACGACCGCCAUGAAGCGCUCAAGUACUGCAUGGCCGUCUACUGCAUCUGCUUCAUCCUGUCAGCAGCCAUCAUUGUGCUCUGCGUAGGAGAAGGCACCGGCUGCCUUCCCUUCCCGUUCGCACGCUUCCUCUCCGCCUACGCCCUGUUGGCUGUGGUCCUCUACCUAUCAGCAACCAUCAUCUGGCCCAUCUUCAACUUCGACCCCAAGAACGGAGGAACAAAACAGAGGCCCUACAGCUGCGGCAACUCGCCGGGGCUGUGCACGUGGGAUAAGCUUGUGGCGGUGGCUGUGCUCACCGGCGUUAACUUCAUCCUCUACCUGGCCGACCUCAUCUAUUCUGCACGUCUGGUAUUUGUCAGUGCUUGAGGUGCAGAGAUCUAUCUAUGAUCCAUAAAUAAGAAAGGAGGGGUAAUAGAGAGAGAAAUUUCGGGAGAAUAGAUUUGAGUGGUUGAGGUCGGCGGCUGUGUUUAUAUGUACAACAAUAUUCCUUUAAAGAGGGAUGAAACGUAAGCAGAAAAUCUAGAUUUUGCUGUCAUCUAAUGGUUGACAUUUGUGCUUCACUGCAGUGAUGUAACUGUGCCUCGUUUAUUAAGCAUCGGUCAGAAAUGCAACACAGCACACUUUUGACCACAUCUAACAUUGAUGUUAGGUAUGGGCAAAAGUGUGGCUUAUGCUUUCAACCUGAUGGAGGCCAGUGCAACAAUGCUUUUCUACUAUAGAAGAUUUCUGGUUUCAUUAUCCUUUACAGGUGCACCAUACAAAAUUGAGGGUUGAUUGAAUUAAGGACAAUUUAGAUUCAACUGACAAAAACGUCAAAAAUGCAAGAAAUUUGGUUUGAUUGUGGCUUUUAUCACAUGAGUCUAAAUGGUCCUCACUUUAAUUGAUUGCAUGUAGUGCACCUUUAAAGGCUUUGGUUUUUCUGCCAAUGAGUUGGACCCGGAUAAACUCAUAUCUCAAUCACGAGGAACCUAGAUUUGAUUGCUGGUAUGUACCAGUAUUAUCUAGGACACGGAGAUGCCUUGUGAUGUUUACCAUUGGUUUUCCAGAUUAGUGCAAACUUGGUGUCAAUUGUAGUGAUCAAAAUGUGAUUUUUUUUCAUGCAUACAGGCAUGAAUAUAUAUAUUUAUCUGGAUAUGAGUAUAAUUACUGACAGCAUAUCCUGACAAAGGCCUUAACCAGGAUACACCAUAACAUCCAGAAUACUGUGUGCAUGUAAACACAGCCAGAGAUGAGGAAUGAAGAAGAAACCAAAGCAAAUGGCGGCUUACUGUUUUUACUGUUUAAUUUUUUGCAUAAUAUAUAUGCCAAUGUUCUGCCUUAAGUCUGUUUUCAAUUUUGAUUUCAGCCAUAAAGAGACUGCCAAGCAGUAUUUUCUGUUAUUCAGUGCCAAAGGAGAAAACGUAGAAAACAUACAUACUGAAGUCAUUCUGAAUUUCACUCGUGUGCAGCCAAGAUGAAUUUAAAUGUUACGGAGGAAAGACUGUGUUGGCGUACGAACAGAUGUCCAAGAGUCCAAAGAAAGAUGAAUUUCUGUUUUGUUUUGUUUUUAUUAUAACCAAACAAAUCUCUUAUUUCAAUUUGAAUUGAUGUGAUAAAUUCCAAUUGGGGUUUCCUUUCAGUGCACAGUGCUGAAGACGUUUUAAUUGAUCCAGUUGUAUAAUUCAUCAAUUGUAUGAUUUGUCUGAUGAUUUUUUAAAAUUUUUAUACAGCUCCAGUGUUUCAAGACUUGAAUUAGUAUACAGAAAUAGUUUACAUGAUGUAAAGAGGAAUGCCAGGCUAGCUUUUUGCUCAUGUUAUGAUAUUGUAUGUAUAUCUACAAGCUACAAUCAAUGACAAGAGUAUAUAUGUGUCAAGAACAUAUGCAAGAUUGUGGAUUUUAAGAAAAGACAAUUUCAGUUUAAUGUACACCUACUAGUUAGUAUUUUAUAUAUGUUUCAGAUCUGUGUAGUAUGUGCCUUCAAGUAUCAAAGCACCUAUCAGUAUGUAUCUCACACCACUAAGCUAAAAUGUAAUCGGGCCCAUUGGUUUUGUACUGCUGUAAACAAAAACAAUCCUCUGAGAAAGAGAUAUGAAAAAGAUGCUUCUCUUUUUCUUGAUGUUAGUGGUACAUUCUUUAACUUUUUUUUUAUAUUCCACUGUUGGUGUUUUAAGUGUGCGUACCACAUCUGUGUUGUAGGAAAAUGUAAUCCAGUGUUUCAAUAAAACCACAUGGUAAAGA